AUACAGAACAAACUGUCAAAAAUUACCUUGAAAACACUUGUUAAAACUUUUUAACAAUUAAAUAAUUAUUUCUUUUUUUAUCAACAAUUUUAUACGAUAAUAAAUUGUUUUUUCUUGGAUAAUGUAUAAAAAAAAGGUCAAUUACUGUUUUUAAAUAUUUACUUGGAGUAAUUGUAACAGUUGUAUAGAAAAGCUAUUUAAGUAUCUGUCAUUUAUCUAGUCGUGAAAAUGUAUAUCGUCUUUAUUUUUAAUUAUUCUGUCAUAUCAUUCCUACAAUAAUCGUGAAUGUGAUAAAAAUAAUAAAUUAUUUUGAAAAUGGAUAUUCUUAAUAAAGAAUUAAAUCUGCCUAUCAAGUAUAUGCAAUUUAUUGAUGGAAGAAUUUGUGCAACAGUUCAUAAAAAUUGGCUAUUUAAUAUACAAAAUGCUGGUUCUAUUCAAUUUUUUACUCAUGAUCGCCUUUCUGUGGAUGAAAUCGCAGCACAACCAUCUCUCAAUGAAUUAGGACCAAAUUGGACGAGAGUUUAUAUAAAAGUUUAUGUAAAACGAUUUAGCAAAGCCAUUCCACUUCCUCGAGAUAAACAUUCCACCAGCCCAAAGGUACAGCCAGAUCUGACGUUUAGUCAAUUACUUCGUUACGUAUCUGAAACUAAUUAUAGGAAUUUAUGGAAAGAAGCUUAUAAAAAAUAUUAUAGUGCAUGGAAUUUAUCUGAAUUGAAGGAACAAUCAUUAUUAACACCAAAUAGUAAUGACGUUGCUGUGAUGCAUGAAGUAUUAUCGAGAUUAUACGGCUGUUCGUUAAUUCAUAUUGAAAAUAAUCGAGUUAUUUCUACUUCUCCGCCUCUUAACAAUCAAACACACUGCAAUCUUCUGCCUGCAAUGUUUGCUGUUGAGACUUCAUCUGCGUUUAUGAUUUUCCAUGAACAAACAAGUGCAUAUUCUCUUCAAGAAUGUGUAAUGUAUAGUCCUGCUGCAUUGUCAACAAGUUAUAGUAAAGCUUUAUUUCUCGUAUAUCAACUUCUACAUUUAUCCAGAGAGCUCCAUGACUCUGGAUUAGCUUUAGGAGAAAUCACUUUGAGUGAUAUUUUAUUAAUGGAUAACUAUACUAUUCAAGUAUUACCAAAAUUAGAUGAUAAUAUUUAUAUGAAACUUGACACUCAUAAUAAUCAACUCAGCUCUCUAGAGGAUAAGACAUUGAAUAAUAGAAUUAAACCAUGUAUUUCUUCGAAAAUGGCCACGAAAGAUACAAAUUUUGGUUUAAAUGAAAACAUUCAACGCCUUUGUGAGAUGUGGAUUCAUGGUCAUUUAAGUAAUUUUGAUUACUUAACAGUUCUUAACAAUUUAGCUGGUCGACGAUAUGGUGAUCCAAGUUGUCAUCAUGUUAUGCCUUGGGUAACAGAUUUUACAUCGAGAUCAGGAAAAAAUUGGCGAGACCUUACCAAAUCUAAAUUUCGUUUAAAUAAAGGUGAUAGACAACUUGACCUUACAUUUGAUUCUGAAACUUCUGAAGUAAGCCAUCAUGUGUCGGAUGUUCUUUCGGAAAUUACAUAUUAUGUUUAUUUAUCAAGACGGUAUACAAAAUCAGUUCUGUGUAAACAUGUAAGGUCGCAUUGGGUGCCUGGAGAGUAUCCUGCUUCUAUUCAAAGGUUACAGGAAUGGAGCCCAGAUGAAUGCAUUCCUCAAUUUUUUACUGAUCCAAAUGUUUUCAAAUCAAUUCACGAGGACCUUCCUGAUCUGGAAAUACCAAGUUGGGCGCGGUCUCCAGAAGAUUUCAUUGAAAAACAUCGCGAGGCACUGGAAAGUCUCUACGUCUCUGAAAGACUUCACCAUUGGAUAGACUUAACAUUUGGCUACAAAUUAUCCGGAGUAGCAGCUAUUAAAUCCAAAAAUGUUUGUCUACAAUUGGUGGAUAAUCACACAAGGUUAACAAAUUCUGGUGUUGUACAGCUUUUUACUCAACCACAUCCACAGAAAAUUGUCCCUUCACCAUAUUGGAGCAAAACUGCACCACGUUUACGUACUGUAACUCCAAAAACACCAACAAAAUCGGAUAAGUCUUCAGAAAAAAUUAGCGAUGACGAAGGACAUAGUUCAGGUUUUGAGGAAAUAGAAUCUCCAGUGACGACUUUGAACGUAACGCGAUCAUCUCCUCUCGCUCUUAGUCGUCUUCUUAGUCGGUCUCGUGGCUCUCUACUAGCAACUGAUGAAAAUUCUCGAGGAGAAAAAUUAAUGAAUCAAACUAUUCAACUUCCUAAAGAUUAUAACCCAACAUCGGCAUUGAUUCAAGUAGAAACAACACAUUCCUUUAUGAAUAAGCUCUCUUACCAUGCCUAUCAACUUGAAACUUCAAUUCGAGAUGAACUCACUAGUUACCGACAAGUAGUAGCAUGCGCUAGAAUUAAAGAGCAACGAAUUCUCGGUUGUCUUAUUGUAGAAAUUUUCCUUCCAAAUAAAUUUCGAGCUACUUGGAAUAUUGGAAAAAUUUCUUUUAACUCAAGACUUGAAGUUUGUACUAAUGUAUUACUAAAAUCUCCAGAAAUAUUACCAAAAUGCAUAAGAAAUGCAGUGAUUCUCCUUUUACAAGUGGAUAUUAUUCCAAAGACGUACGGAAUUGUCAUGGACAUUUCAGAUAAAUCUGUAGAAAGUCCAUUCCGUUAUCCUACUGUGACAUAUAUGGGUUUACCACCACCUUCAGCACAUCAAUUUUUGCAGCCAAUUUUAUCUAGUAGUCUUUUUCCAUCAUCUAAACACUUUCAGUAUUUAUUUUGCAUCGUUCAGAUGCUUCAAGAAUAUAAUAAUCUCGUCAGAGAAUUAAAUUACGUAAUAAAACAAUCAGAAAAUGAUCCAGAAGAUAUGACGACUAAAGUUCAAUUUUUAUGUAAAAUUAGUGAGUGCAAGGUUAAAGCUUUAGCAAGAGAAUUAGAACGAAUUAUAACUUAUGCAGGUAAUUUACUAGAAUCAAGUAUUCAAUUAAUAGUUCCACAUGUAAAACAAAUCAUGAAUGAACCUUAUAGUGCAGUAUUAGCUGCUUGGUAUUUAUUCGAUCCAAUAGCAAGAGCGCUUGGUCCUAAAGAAACAUCAGAAAACUUUCUUAAUUCUAUCUUAAAGCUUUAUGAACAUGGAUCAAUAAUUGAUAGUACGAUUUAUAGAGACUAUUUAUCUCCAAAUAUUCUUGCAAAGUUUCGAACAAUGAGACUUUAUCACAGAAGUUUUCUUUUAAAGCUUAUGGUUCGUCUCGGAUUAAGAAGAUUUUUAGAAAAUUUUAUUACGCCACUUGUAGAAGCAGUAGGAUGUUAUCAGGAUUACCCUCCAAAUUUGUUAAAUAUAAAUUCUCAAAGAACAGGGAAUCUAAAAACUUGUGACCUAUGUGGUAGCGGAGACGAAGAAAUAAUAUUAUCACCACUAGAUGAAGAUUCUUCAGUGGAUUCUGAACAAAUUAUUACUUCAAUAAUUUUGUCAGGUGAUUUAGAAACUUCAAGAAAUACUCCGACAUUAGAAAAUGAUGAUGAAGAAGUGUUUUCAAUGGAAACUGAAGAAAUAUCAUCACCUUCUGAAAAUAAAAUGACUAGAGAUCCUGAAAUGGUACUUAACUUAACAAUAAUCGAUGAUUUAGCUGAUGAAGGAAGAAAAAGUUCAUCUCCAGGAGCAGUAAAAUCACCAACAAUUCCAAUCCCGAAAUCAGAUUCGCGUGGCACAAAAUUAGUUGCGGAUUUUAAUACUAUUGGAUGUCAUGUGGGAAGUAAAACAUCUAGUGAGGACAUUCCCUUAUCAGGCUCUCACGGAGUCAUUCAAGGACUUAAUGUUACUGGUGAUAAUAAAGAAGGAUUACAUUUCUUUGAGCAAGACAAGUCGAAAUUAAUGUAUAAAAUUGACAUUUCAGAAUCUUCUGAUGAUGAUCUUGAUGAACUAAAAAAAAUUGAUGAAUCCCAACAUUUAUCAGUGCAUAGGGAAUCUAAAGUAUCCGAAAUAAGUACUGAAUCUGUGAUCUGGUUAUCUCAUCGUUUGGGCCCCGUUCUUACAGCUCGUUAUUUAUCAAGAAAUUUGCUCAGAAUGUUAACUCUUUGUUAUACUGGCAGUAAUAAUUUACUUUUAGUCGACGAAGAUAUUUAUUCAGAAGAAUUACACUGGAGAAAAACGCAAUUAAUUGGUGAUAUCAAUGCUGCUAAGGUUUUGGAAUCUUUAACCGCAAUUGCCAGUUUAUACGGAGAACAAAUGAUUGUUUUACAAUAUUUUGGACAUAUGGCAGAGCUUUUAGCUUUGUGUAAGCGUAAAUUAACACCUAAUUUAGAAGGAGGGUUAAUUUCUUGUUUGGCUUUAUUAUCUUACGUUACUCCAUGUCUUUCUGAUGCUUCUUUGAUGGAUGCACUCAAUGAAACAAUUGUCAAGUCUAUUUUAUAUCCAACAGUAAGAAUCUUAUCUACUACACGAUAUUUAUUUCCCAAUGGGACCAUUGCUAGAUCAGCUUUAGCUAAUAAAUAUCUCGAAGUUUUAUCGAGUUUAAGUAUUCGCCUAGGAAGUUCAAUAACUAAAAGUCAUUUAUCUGUACCAAUUCAAAGAUUUUUCUUAGCUUUUGAUAAAGCAACUAGUUCUCAAAGCCAAAAUCAAGAAGAAGAAAAUAACAAAAAAAUGACGAAAGACAAAAUAGAUCUCCCUAAAAAGACUAAUGAUAACUCUGGUGAUGAAAUUUAUCAAAGAGAAUUUCAAGAUUGGACACAAUUAUCUUCAACUUGCGGUAAAAAUCGUGAAGAAAUUGGAUCUGACAUAGUUGUCUCUUACUCACCGCCAAUUCUAGACAAUGAUACGUCAAAUCCUCAAAGAAAUCAGGCAUUUGAAGAACUCAAAGCUGUAUUUACUGCUGAAUUUGCACAUAAAUCUUAUCUUUUGUUUUACCGACAUGUCGAUGAAGGUAUGAUGGAGGAUAUGUUGAAGAAUCAUCAACUCAUUAGAGACUUAUGUGUUGAGUAUGAAAAAACUUUGCAACUUAGUGGUGUGUGUUCGAGUAAAUCUGAUCCAAUUUCUUUAGAAAUUACUGAAAAACCGAUUAAUAACAUAGUGACCAAAGAAAUAGGAAGUUUUGGUAAUAUUUCAGUAGUCGGUAAUAGAAUUGAAGUAGGAGAUAAUUUAGGAGAAUAUGUAAAUCAUCAAAACAAAGAUGUAAGCUUUUCCAAUAGUCGGCAGCUACGAGGAAACUGGUUGGCAUAUUGGGAACAUGAGAUAGGAAGACCAGACAAGCAUUUAACUUUCAAUAUGAAACAAAUAAAGCUCCAAAGUUUCACAGGACAUACUAAAAACGUACGUUGUUUACAUGUGUUAGACAAUGAAAAUAGUUUUAUGAGUGGAGCAAGAGAUAAAACCGUAAAACUUUGGAGUAUACGUAGCCAAGGCGAUGGUAAUGCUGUUUCUUCAUGUCAAUAUACUUAUACUGGUCAUAAAAAGUCAAUCCUAGCAUUGACUUUUCUAGAAUCAUUACGUUAUGCUGUUACCUGUGAUGGAAGUGUUCAUUGUUGGGAUCCUUUCAUGGGAUCUCUUUUAGGCUGUCCAGAAAACUCUAAAGCUGUUCCAGUCAAUACUAUAGCCGCAAACACAACUCCUUCAACAAUACUCUUAGCUGCAACAACUGAUUUGAAUCUCCACAUGAUAGAUUGCCGUACUUUUCAAUAUGUCAAUGAAUUAAAAGUAGCUAUGAAUCCUACUGGACUAAUUAGAUGCAUUGCCAUAGCUCCAAGUGGACAUUGGGUAGCAUUAGGUCAAGUUUCUGGAGUUCUCACCAUAUUAGACAUCAGAACAGGAUUAAUUAUUGCUUCUUGGAAAGGACAUGAAUGUGAAAUUCUUCAAUUAGAAGCAGUAAAUGAAACAACAAUUGUUAGUUCAUCUUUAGAUUUAACAAUAGCAGUUUGGAGCGCUAUUGAUGGUAAAUUAAAGUUUCAUUUAAAAGGCACAACAGAACCAGUUCAUUGUAUGGAUCUCUACGAGCACCAAUUGAUAACUGGAACGACCGUCAAUAGAAUUGGAGUUCAUACCUCGAUUGAAGCAACCGCAAGUUUUUCAUCAUCAAAAUUAAAAUCUGAUGUUUUUAAAGGAAUUUUAACAGCCAUGACUGUUUUACCAUUAAAUCGAUUGUUGUUGCUUGGAGCUGACAAUGGAGGAAUUACAUUGAUCUGUUAAUUUGAAUAUAAAUUUAUUACAUCGAAAAAAUUGUAGUAAUAAAUUUUUAACGGAAU